AUGUGGAGGAGAGGGGCCCUGGGCGCCUGGGUGCUCCUCACCAGCCUGGCCGUGGCCAGCUGGGGUGUCCGAGGACAGAAGGUAACUGUGAAAGAAGCUAGUGGGAAGGUAUUCCUGCAGUGUGUAACAGGCGGCCAAAGUCAAGUCACGUGGCUGAAAGACGGGAGUAAGAUCUCAAACACAACGGUGCUGGACUUGGGCACAAUUUACGAUGAUCCCAGAGGCGUGUACACAUGUGAACUGGAAAAUGGAAAGAGAAGUCCGCCCCUCCAGUUGCACUAUCGAAUGUGCCAGAACUGCAUCGAAGUGGAUGCUCCCACCAUCUCGGGGAUCGUGGUCGCUGAUGUUGUUGCCACCGUCUUCUUGGCGGUUGCUGUGUAUUGCAUCACUGGCCAGGACAAGGGACGCAUGUCACGAGCUUCUGACAGGCAGAACCUGAUUGCCAACGAGCAGCUCUACCAGCCGCUUGGCGAGCGGGACGAUGGCCAGUACAGCCGGCUGGCACCUGCCAAGGCCCGCAGGUGA